UAUAAUUUUAGUUAGAAUCAUAAUUCAAUUUUAUUAUAAAAAUAGAAAAUGUCUCAUCAGACGGGCAUAAAAGCUAAUGAAAAAUCACUGAAAGUCUUUGGAAAAGCUAAAAGUGGAAAAUUGCGUGUCAUUAAAGUAUCUAUAGAAAAUGAGGAACUGAGUGUCACCGAUACUGCGGAAGUGAAAAAGGAUUGGGAGAAAGAUUUCGAUAAAUUCGUUACGCCUCUUAUUGAAGAGAACGUACCAUGUUAUAUACUGUAUCGUUUGGAUAGUAAAACCCAGGUGGGACCAGCAUGGCUGCUGAUCAGCUGGGUACCCGACACUGCCAGUAUACGCCAAAAAAUGGUAUAUGCUUCCACAAAAGCAACGCUCAAACAGGAAUUCGGUUCUGCUCAUAUUACCGAAGAAAUACAUGCCACUAGCCGGGAUGAGACAACUCUGGAGGGAUAUAAACGUCACAAAAGAGCCAUUGCAUCGCCAGCACCAUUAACAUCACGCGAAGAGGAAUUAGCUGAAUUGCGUAAAGUGGAAAUUAAUACGGAUAUCAAUACUGAAUCCAGACAUCAAACUUUAGGCGGUCUCUCCUGCCCACUGUCCGAGGGAGCUAAACAAGCUAUACAAGAUUUGCUGCGAGGCUCCUAUGAUUAUUUACAAUUCCGCAUUGAUUUAGAAGCGGAACAGAUACAUGUCUCCCAUGCUGCAGUUGUGACACUUUCUGAUCUUCCAAAGCAGGUACCUGAUGACCAUGCUCGCUACCAUUUGUAUUUGUUUAAACACACGCACGAGGGUGAUUAUUUAGAAUCCUAUGUCUUCAUAUACUCCAUGCCGGGUUAUUCGUGCUCGGUCAGGGAAAGAAUGAUGUAUUCCAGCUGUAAAGCACCGUUCCUGGAAACAUUGCAAUCGUAUGGAAUAGAUGUGGCUAAGAAGCUUGAAAUUGAUUCCGGCUCUGAACUAACCGAGGACUAUCUACAAGAAGAACUACAUCCAAAGAAAAUGCUCCACCGACCGGCUUUUGCCAAACCCAAAGGACCACCAAAUCGUGGUGCUAGACGCCUAACAAAACCACAAGAACAAUCUUAAUCCAUGUGUGUUAUUGUUUAAAUUGUGUUU